UGCAUAUAUCAUAAUAACCCUUUUUGAUUCGGUAAGCCAUUGGAGAGAGUCAGAGACCUGAGGACUCAGAAAGCAGACAAGUUUUGAUUCUUCUUCGGACGAGAGUUUUACUGAUUUAAACAACAUCGAAGAAGAGAGGAAGAAGAUAAAUUGGAAAUUAAUUUUCUGGGUUUCGAUUUGGGUGAGAGAGAGAUAACAAACCCUAGGGGGCUUGUGUGAAUCGUGAUCAGAUGCUAUUGAGUCGACGAUUAGAGAAGAAGAAGAGUAUUAUAGCAAGCGAACAACACCAUGAUGAACACUUCUAAUGGAAUGAUAUCUGGACCAUCUUCAUCAUCUUCACCUGCGGCGAAUCCUCAGUCUCCCGGAAUUAAGACUUAUUUCAAGACGCCUGAAGGGAAGUAUAAGCUUCACUACGAGAAAACGCAUUCCUCUGGUCUCCUUCACUACGCACAUGGCAAAACUAAAGUCUAUCCAUUUCAGUAAUUCAAACCCUAUGUGCCAUGCUUUUGAUCCGGAUGCUAAGGACGGGCAUGACUUACUUAUUGGGCUAAAUUCUGGGGAUGUGUACACAGUAUCACUAAGACAGCAGUUACAGGAUGUCUCUAAGAAGCUUGUUGGUGCACUGCACUAUAACAAGGAUGGUUCUGUGAAUAACAGUCGUUGCACUAGUAUUUCUUGGGUGCCUGGAGGUGAUGGAGCAUUUGUCGUUGCUCAUGCUGAUGGCAAUUUGUACGUGUAUGAGAAGAACAAAGAUGGUGCCACUGACUCAACAUUUCCUGCUAUAAGAGAUCCUACACAAUUUUCAGUUGACAAAGCAAAAUAUAGCAAGAGUAAUCCUGUUGCGAGAUGGCAUAUCUGUCAAGGUGCAAUUAACAGCAUUGCAUUCUCAAAUGAUGGGGCACACUUGGCUACUGUUGGAAGAGAUGGUUAUCUUCGCAUUUUUGACUUCUUAACCCAGAAGCUAGUAUGUGGUGGGAAAAGUUAUUAUGGUGCUCUGCUAUGCUGUUCAUGGAGUAUGGAUGGAAAGUACAUUUUGACUGGAGGUGAAGAUGACUUGGUUCAAGUGUGGAGUAUGGAGGAUCGGAAGGUCGUGGCGUGGGGUGAGGGACACAAUUCGUGGGUAAGUGGAGUAGCUUUUGAUUCCUAUUGGUCGUCACCAAAUUCGGAUGGGUCAGGAGAGCAUGUCAUGUACCGUUUUGGAUCAGUUGGUCAGGAUACACAGUUACUUCUCUGGGAUCUUGAAAUGGAUGAGAUCGUAGUUCCACUUAGGCGACCACCGGGAGGAUCUCCCACUUACAGCACAGGAAGCCAAUCAGCUCACUGGGACAAUGUCAUACCAGUGGGAACUCUUCAACCCGCUCCUUGCAAACGUGAUGUUCCAAAGCUCUCACCAAUCAUAGCUCACCGAGUUCACACUGAGCCCCUCUCUGGCUUGAUGUUCACACAAGAAUCAGUUGUUACAGCUUGCCGAGAAGGCCACAUAAAGAUCUGGACACGGCCCAGUGACUCAGAAACACAAUCCAACAGCUGCCCAGAAGCAAAUCCCACAAGUGCCCUCCUAAGCACAAGCUCCCCUAAAGACAACAAAACUUCACUGAGCAGCAAGGUCAUCAGUGGUUCUAGUUUCAAGCAAUGACAGAGAUGCUGUCUGAAAAUCAGGUGCUAUUACUAUUUAGUCAUGUUUUCUCCUCCUUAAGUGAAAGAAAAAGAAUCCUUAAAGAAACCCUGUGAAUAAAAUUCGACUGGGUUUUGUUUUUUAUUCUAAAAGAAAGAUCAAUAUCUGAGCUCUGACUGUAAAUUAAAGGCUGACAAAGUUUGUGGGCAUAGAAGAGAAUAUAUGGGUGAGACUAAAGAGAAAUUUCUGAUGUGAUUAUAAGAAAGAAAACAAAAUGUGUUCUCUCAUCAGCUAAUAUUUCUACUUUUUGUGCUUUAGAAAGAAGACACUCUUUAUUUUCAUGCUUUUUGCAUACA